AUGUUUGAUAGUGAUAGUUUUGCAAUUAGAAAUUCUCAUAAAUCUUAUAUUUCAGGUAAGAAUUAUGAAGAUAUAUAAUCUUAACCAUCAUCUCCACAUAAAAUAACUAGAAUUAAUGAUUUAAAAAAUCAAGUGGAAAAUUAUUUAGAUAUGUUAGAAUCUAAAGUAACAAUGGUAAAAGAGAAAGCACUUUCUGAAUUUGUAAUAGCAUAUAAUGGUUAUAUGAGAUAAGUGAAAGAAGAUUUGAAAUAUUUAAAAGAGAAAAGUAUAGAGAUGGAGAAAUAUUAUAAAGAUAAUAAACGCAUUCAAAAUAUGGAAUAAUAAUUGGAAUGGUUUAGAGAGGAAAGUGUUAAACUUUAUAAUAAAAUUGAAGUAAAAAAUAAAGAUAUAUUUGAAUUGAAAUUUAGAUUAUAAGAAGUUUAAAAAGAAAAUGAGUUCCUUGAAGAAUAAAUAAAAUAAUUAAUGAGAAAAAAUAAGAAAUAUGAAGUUAUAAGACAUACAACAAGUGUUGUUACAGAAUAAGCAGAAUAGAUUAAAGAAUAAUAAUUAUUUUGCACUUAACCAAGACAUAAAAGGAUUAUGUCAGGUUAAGCAUAACCAAAACAUAUAAAAUAAUUAUAAGAUAUUUUUGAGAGAAUAACACAUGAAGAUUAAAAUUAAAUAAUAAAUGAAAUUGCUUUGUAUGUUACAUUUAUUGAAAAUACUUAAACAAAAUAGAUACAAUUAUUAAGAUAAAAAAUGAAUUAAGCAAUUUGUUAAUCUACAAAAGCAUUUGCAACAAGAAGUGAAUAUGAGGAAUUUUUUAUUGAAUGUGUUGAGGUAUUGAAUACUAAAUAAAAAAGUAAGUACGUAAAGAUAUUAUGCGUCGUCGUUAAAAUGUUCAAGUUGAAAAUAAAUUAUCAGAUUUUAAUGUUUUUAGAAAAGAGGAUAAAUUUAAAAUAUUAGAAUUAGUAUUAAUGAAUGAUAGAUUAUUACAAACUUUACAUUAGAAAUUAUUUCCAAGUUCUCAUAUUGGAUAAUUAUUGGAACCUACUACAAUAUAAACUGAAUAUUAAGAUAUAUUACAUUAAAUAGAUAAAAAGAGAAGUUUUUCAACAAAAGACAGAAUGAUUAUUAAAAAAGGAAAAUUGUUAUAUAAGUGA